AUGGAGAAUGAGUUUUAUAAUGCCUUUGCUGGUCCAAUGAACAUUACUCAAAGUGCAUUGCUUGAAAAUGAAAUAGGGACAUCACAAAAACCGCCUAAGCUUUUGGAUAUUGAUGAUUAUAACGGUUGGUCCGAACAUUUUGGUAACUGGGUUGAAGCUUAUCAUUUGGAUGCUUGGGAACAUACUGAAAAACCAUAUGAAAGGUUAACAAAGAACGGCAUAAAAAAGGAUACAGAUGAGAUGAUUGAAAAACUAGCAGAUGCAUUACCACAUGAUAUUUGGGGAACUUAUCUGAUGAUGUUGAGAAACAAUAGAAAGGAAUAUAAAAAGUUAACAUCAGACAAAGAAUUUAUGGAGAAAGAGAUGUUAAAUGCUAAAGCGUUUAUUGCUAAUGCUUCUGAUGUAUAUUGUGCGGAAAAAUACAGGAAAAUUAGGGAAGCAGAAGAGGAGAAAUGGAGAAGAAUUGAAGAAGAAGAAGAAGAAGAAGAAGAGGAAAGGAGGAAAGCAGAAGCUGAGAAAAAGAAGAAGAAAAGAGCAGAAGUAAUUCAAGUGAGAAUAGUCAAAGAAGUUCCAGAAUUUGAGAUCAAAGCUGAUACUGAAGCAGUCAAAGUUCCUGAGAAGUGCAUCAAUUAUGAUUCUUUGAUUAAACAAAACAAUGAGUUGCUACACAACAUUAAAAGGUUGAAAGAAUCAUAUGAUACAUUGAACAGAGAAAUGAACAAAUACACCGAAUCGAACAGUGAACAAGCUGUUGCAAUGAAUACACUCAAAGGAGCAUACAUGAGACAGCUUGACAAUGUCGACUACUACACAGAGAAGUGUGCUGAGCUUGAAUUGAAGAUUUAUCCGAUUGUGGAAAGAUUGAAGACGUUUGAUGAAGAAAAGACAUCAGAAGAAAAGAAGUCCGAGACAAAAGAAGAUGAUAAAGUGGAAAUUUCUGGAAAAUCUUCAGAAGCUGAAAAGGGGCAAGUAUUCAGGAAACAGACAAAUCAAGAAUUCCUUGCCAAGAAGCAAGAAGAAGUAAAGAGGAGUGUUGCUCAAAAGAAGAUAGAAACGAGAACCUGGCCUUCAAGGGAAUCACAACCAAGAUUGGAAGAUGAACUAGUGGUGAAUCUAGCUUAUAUUCCUCAAGAAGGUAUUGAUUUGACGAAGGUGACGUUUGAACAAUAUACUGAAGCUACAGUUGCAAAAGAUCAAAGUGCAAGUAUUCAAGCUGAAGGUGUUAAAGAAAAGGAGCCUGAAGGUGUUGUUCAUAAUGACUCAAGUGAUGCUGACGAUGAAUCAACAGAAACAGAGCUAGAGAUUGAUAUGGCAAAGGUCGGUUAUGGGAAAGUUCAACUGAAAAAGAAGCCUCAGAAGAAAAGAAAAGGUUCUAAUGAAGAGGAUUCUACUUAUAUGCCAACUGCUGAAGAGAAAAAGAAACUUUGA